AUGGCAAGUGCGGAAUUUUACAAAAACUUCGGGGAAAUUAGAUGUUUCAAAACUGACACUAGACUUGAGUUUGAGCCUCCAGUGGAGUCGCGAAAGGAGGACAUUUUCAGGCAGCAUGAAGGCAAAUGGGUUGAUUUCUCGGUUUGCUGUGUUGAUUGUGGAGGAAUUCUGGCUGAUAGAAAGCAACGUCGAGUGUACUCUCUACCGAGUACCGAUUGGGAAGCGAUGCAUUUCACUUGCUCUGAGACGAAGAAAGUAUCAGAUGAGACGAUAAAACGGCGAAAAGCACCGCAGUUCGACAUGGUUCUCUACUGUGCGCUUUGGUUGGAGAUAAAAGAUACCGACUUUGAGGGAGAAGUCGACGAGCUCGACUGCGAAUGCAAAAGAAAGUACAAAAAUAGGCUGUUUCGACCUGAUAUUGUUGUGAAAAUCUACAGCGGAGAGGACGGCGAGGUCUCCGUAUCUUCUGGAAUGGAAAGUUGCGUUGCCGAAAAGUUUCUAGAGCUAGGGAGGGUGCGGCCUGUUUUUCGCUUUCUGAUCGCAGAUCUGGUCAUUUCGGUGAUCCAGUUAGAGAGCUACCUGCAAUUCGGGAGAGGAUCAAAAUUCAAGCCCAUGGUCAAAGUGGAGAUCCACAGUGAAUCACACCCGGUAAACAAAACACUCGUUGAAGUGGAGUUGGAGACUGAAGAGCGCCAAGGAGUGCAGAUAAAUUUCCCCCCGAAGAGAGUUUCUGAGCUAAUGGACACUCUUCAAGCUAACAAGCUGCUACUGCCAGAGAAUAUCCGGGAAGACCGUUUUGUUUCGUUCCUAAGAUUUUCCGUUGAUAAUAAAAUGAGUGUUGAAGGUCCGACGGAAAUUGAUGUCGCUGCGCCGCAGAAAGAGCUCGAUGCUCAGCUGGACAUCCAGGAUGUUGAAAACUCUAACUCGGAAGACGAAGAAUCCCAGUGUGGAGAGGAUGACGAGACCGAGGAAAAGUAUCAAACUCUCAUUGAGCUUGAGCCCUUGACAAUUCACCUCCAGCAAAGAUACUGGUUCUAUUGCCGCGAGUGGGGUCUUUCCCGAAUGCAAAUGAAGGACGUUUACAAUGCCGUGCUUCAAGAAGCUUCUGGCACUUUGAACCCUGAUCCUAGUGAUCCUCCCUUCCUCUGCAAGUCUGAAGAUGACGAGAGUAUCUUCUACUGGCAGGUGUUGAACAUCCAGGACGGCUUUGCUGAAUGCCGAUCGUUGGAGAAUGAAGAAGUCGAACAUAUCCACUUGAAUGACCUUGAAGUGCUGUUCUCUGGCGACGAGGAUUUCAAAAUCUCUCAGGAGCGACAGCUGAUCAUGGAUAUGUACAACUUUUUCACGACCUUUGUCUACCCUCCAUGGGGUCAGCUCGAUGAGAGCAUGAACGAAGUCCCAUUUGAGCCCCUCCUCCGCGAGCGACUCAAUCUUUUCAACCUCCUCGCUUCCGAGCAUGUGCCUAAACAUGCCGAGUUUCGAUAUCGAGUCCAGAAGAUGGAAUUCGAGCAAGCUUACGAAGACCUUGAUCGCUUGACUGCGACUAUUAAUGAAAUCCAGCGGGUUCAGAACGAAGUGCAGGAAUCCGAAGAGGAUCAAAGAAAUCUCUUCGAGUCGAUGUACAACCAGUACGCAAAGGUCUACCGAUACUGGCUCUACCACGCUGAAGGUCUCCAGAAAAUGGAGGCUGAGAUCUGGGAGAAAUACCAUAUCACCGAAGAAGGGCCCGUCGAAGUCGUUCGAAAGAUCAACGGCCCUCGCCCUGAAAACGAAGGGCCAGUCCACCAUCUUGUGGCUGAAAUGCUCACGAUGAAAGACAUCAAAGAGCUCAACUUGGCCGAAAAUGCCAAAGUUCGAUCCUACGCGACUUUGGAUCUUACUGAAGCGCUCCAGGCCUGUCACGAGGGGGAUACUAUCAUCCUCUUCCCUGGAACAUAUGAAAUUCCUUACUUGUGCGACUACCUCUUCCACGAGUCGAUCACAAUCAAAGGCUGCACAGACAACGCAAACGACAUCAACCUAAUGGCCUCCGAUCGCCAGCGCUUCUUCAUCCUCGCCGAUGCUGUCGACCUGCAGUUUCAGAACCUCACGCUCAACGCCCAGUAUCACACUGAAGGCGCCAUUUGCGUGCGAGGCGGCAGCGUCACCCUCGACAAUGUGAUCAUUCGCACUGAUGAGGUCACCCGCGGCGUUGUCAUCCAUCCUUACUCAAUUUGCAAGAUGAACAACUGCGAGAUCGAAGGAAAGCACGAUAUUUCCGUCGACAUCAAGAACGGCGCCAUUUUGGAGAAGAAGGGAACUAACAAGUUCGCUGUUGAGCCGGCUCUUCGAAAGAUUCGACAACCAUUGAUCAUUGAUGUCGAAGAAGUUGUCCAGCCAAAAGAAAUCGCUCCCGCUAGUGAGCCAGUAAUGUACGCAAAGCCGAAGCCCGUCGUUGUGGCUCCACAGCAAGGCGCCGGCGAUGUCAUCUCUACAUAA